GAGGAUUUUAAUGAAAAUGAAGAGCUUCUACAAAUUAAUGAUGAAGCAGUAAAUAUAGAUAUAAAUAAUGAGCUAGCAAUAGAAAAAUUUUUCAAUAUUAAAAUGUUUGAACAAAACCUCAAGAAAACAGAUGAAGAUAAUUCAGCUACUUAUUCACAAAGACCUACUACUAGAACUGACGAAAACUGGUCAAUUGAUGAUAUUUUUUCCCAAUCCUAA